GCUGGUUUCCGCUAAUCGAUUUGUCCAUAUCUAAGAGGGUGGUACGUGAGGCGGCAGAUCUAAGAUCCAAUUGGCUUCGGGCUUCGCUGGGAGGCGGGAUGAAUUCUUGAGAGGGGGCUGAGGAGGUCUGCGGGCCACCUGGGAGCGCGGGAGCAAGGCCUGCAAGAUGGAGGAAGGUGGGAAUCCAGGAAGCCUGACCAAGAUGGUCCAUCUACUGGUCUUGUCAGGGGCCUGGGGCAUGCAAAUGUGGGUGACCUUCGUCUCAGGCUUCCUGCUUUUCCGAAGCCUUCCCCGACAUACCUUCGGCCUUGUGCAGAGCAAACUAUUCCCUUUCUACUUUCACAUCUCCAUGGGCUGUGCCUUCAUCAACCUCUGCAUCUUGGCUCUACAACAUGCCUGGGCUCAGCUCACAUUCUGGGAAGCCAGCCAGCUCUUCCUGCUGUUUCUGAGCCUCGUGCUGUCCACCAUCAACGCCCGCUGGCUAGAGCCCCGCACCACUGCCGCCAUGUGGGCCCUGCACGCCGUGGAGAAGGAGCGGGGCCUGGGCGGGGAGGUGCCCGGCAGCCACCAGGGCCCGGACCCGUACGGCCAGCUGCGGGGACAGGACCCCAAGUACGGUGCCCUCCGCCAGAUCUUCUUCCGCUACCACGGCCUGUCCUCCCUCUGCAAUCUGGGCUGCCUCUUGAGCAACGGGCUGUGCCUUGCGGGCCUUGCCCUGAGCCUCAGGAGCCUCUAGCCCUGCGGGGGACCCCAAGGUCAAAUAAACACGUCUUUGGAAA